UAGAAGAAGAAGGUGACGUGGAAGUAGCGCAGGAUAAUAAACAAACAGAUCCCACAGUGAAGUCCGGGGUCUGAUCCGGGGUGCAAUAUGGAGAGUCCGCCGGAGCUAAGUUUUACUUUGGCCUAUAUAGUAUUCUGUCUAUGCUUCGUCUUCACCCCCACAGAGUUCAGGUCCGCCGGGAUCACCGUUCAGAACCUGUUCGGCUCCUGGCUCGGCAGCGAGGAUUUGGGCUUCACCCAGUACCACGUCCGCAGGACCAGCGUCACCGUGCUGGUCCACAGCGCCCUGCCUCUGGGUUACUACUUGGGCAUGUGUCUCGCCGCUCCUGACAAAAACCUUCUUUAUGUCCACCAGGUGAGUGACGGGUGGAGGACCUUCCUCCUCGUCUCUCUCGGCCUCCAGCUGCUCGGCUGGAUGCUUGUCGUCUAUUGGUCCAGACGCAAUUGGACCUACCAUCCAAUCAGCCGGGCCCUGCAGGCCCACGUCCAGCCCCCCCACUCCAACUGGGGCUCUGUGGCCUCCAGCAUCAACACCGAGUUCAGACGCAUCGACAAGUUCGCUACAGGAGCUCCUGGAGCACGAGUAAUCAUCACCGACACCUGGGUGCUGAAGGUGACCACCUAUCACGUCUACAUCGCCCUGCAGUCUGAGUGUCAUGUAACCGUCACAGAGUCCAGACAGCAUCAGCUGAGUCCAGACUCCACCUCCCCGACACAGAUCCUCACCCUAAGAGUGGAAAGCAUCAACCCUGCAGCCAGAGCCUUCCACAUCAGUCUGAACUCCACAGAGUACUCGGAGCUCAGAGAGAAGCUUCACGCUCCCAUCAGGAGCUCAGCUAAUGUGGUGAUCCAUCAGACCAUCAGUGAACUCUUCCUGGACACCUUCAGGGCUCAGGUGGACCUCAACCCCCCCUACACCCUGCCCAGUGGACAGGAUCUGGAGCCGUGUAUCGGCUGUAUGCAGGUUCCUGCUAACAGCAAGCUGGUCACACUCUGCCACACUGAAGAGUCGGAAGGGGACUCGGACUGUCAGAGGUGUUUCUGCAGACCCAUGUGGUGUCUGUCCUGUCUGGGUCGGUGGUUUGCGAGUCGUCAGGACCAGCAGAGACCUGAGACCUGGCUGUCCAGUCAAGUCCCAUGUCCCACCUGCAGAGCCCGGUUCUGUAUCCUGGACGUGUGUGUGGUCCGCUGACACACUGAACACACUGUGUCUGUGGAGGGGAAGGGGGAUUCAAACUACAGACCAACUGAGGACGGGGACUGGACUUUAUCAACCCCUCCCCCAGAAUGACAGCUGUCAGUCAGGAGUCUGUGUAACAUUUAUACAGUUGAUAUUAAAUCUGAAUGCAGGAUUUAUAAAGUGUGUUUAGAGUUAAACUAUGGUCUGUAUUCAGUUUAUUUACAGACUGUUUGUUACCUGUGCUCUUUAAUGGAGCUUCAGGCAACUCUUCACCUGACGAGCUGAAAGCUAAAGUUAGCCAGCUAGAAGCACAAGAAUGUAAACAAAGGAAGCUUGAUGGGACUCGUCACCUCACAUGGAUGUUUCUGAGGACCUAUCAGAGCUCACCUGAGAGAGUGUGUUUGACCUUCAGACGCUGAGAGGAUCAAACACGAUGACCACAUUUCAUUUAAAAAAAACUCUAAACCUAAAAAUAACCGAACAGGUACGAGUCCCGACCUCGACCCUUUUCUCUCUAUCCUCCCCCACAUCUCCUGUGGAUCCUUACCUGUCCUUUCAAUAAAGGUGAACAUAUUUCAAACCAAACAAAA